AAAAAUAUUCCACACAUUUUCAAUGUUUCUCGAGUGAUUGCUUUUAUCUUGUUAUUCUAUAUUUAGCAUUUUCACGCCUGGUGUUGCGAUUCGCCUUAUUUUGAUCAGUUCGUGUUUAGUUUUUGUCACAUGCUUAAAAUAGAUUCAUGUGAAAUAAUUUUAACUUCCUUAUUUGGAGACUCGUUCUUGUCAAUAUUCUUGGGACAUUAAAGUGUCCAUACUUAGUGUACUGAUGGAGGGUCAUAUUGUGAAGGAAUUUCAAAAUCUGCGAGUGUUUUCAAACAACAAAUUUGUGAGGAUGGAUGAGCUGGUGCAUGAUCUGGCAAGUGCUCUUGAGGAGACAGCCAGAAGUACCAAGUCUCAAUCCCGUGAGAGUCAACCCUCAGGGUCAUCCUCCAAACGCUGCAGCCGAAAACGCAAAGGAAAGAAACGUCGCACAUUCAUAGUUGAUGGAGGAAACAUCAGUGAAGCCUCAGAAAGCAGUGUUGAGGAAGCACUGAAGGAUUACAUGGAAAACAUCAUCCAGCAGAGUGACUCUGAUGAUAUUGGUAUGUCAUCUACAGUUGCCAGAUUGACUAUGCCAUUAAAUUUUAGUUAUGUGCCAACAGUGGAAUCUGAUUCAGUGACAGAAACUUUUUCUCCCAGACGUCCUCAACGUCGAAGGAAGAAAUACAAGUCGAUGGCAGUAGACAGUGAUCCAGACAUGAUGAUGCAGCCACCUAUGCAUCCCCCAAAACCCUAUCAGCAUCACCAUAGUAGUGACGGGAACCUUCACAGCUCGUCUGUAGACCAGGGGGCCACUCAGACACCUCUCACAAACAAAGACAAUAUUGGGCUCAUAUCUAUAGAAGCCUCCGUGUUGCCAGGAAAGAGGAAGAGGAGUUCGAAGUCAAGGACAGAUUUCCCUUCCAGCAGCAGCACUCACGGCAAACCAUCUAAGAAUGAGGAUACCAUGGAUGUGGGCUCUCAAGAGAGUAGCUCCAGUUCAAGUCUUAGCAGUAGUGAGAGUGACGGCCUUAUCACCAAUGAUGAAGGCAGAGAGGCUGAUGAUGAGCAAAGUGACUUUUUCUACGAGGGCGGUCCAGCGUGCGGGAUUCCUGGGAUCAUUCCGUGGUGGGAAAGCGACGCAGGUCAACGGGAGGUGGAGUCGGAUAAGGAGUUCCAGCAGAUACUGACAGGAACAUUUGAACAUCUCUCCAAAUCCUCACAGAUGGCAUUCAAAGCCAGAGUGUCUAGGCUCAUGGCAAAGUCUGGCAGAGAGAUACGCUUUGGAAGAAGAAAGCUAAAAGAAAAGCAUCCUGGAUACACUGUGUCCAGAUUUCUACAAGAUCGUCAGGUGUGGAAUUCUAUGCAGGGAGUGAUCUCCCCUGCCUGGCAAUCGAGUAACAACACCAGUUCCUGUAAUGAUAAUUCCAAACGGCGCAGGAAUACACCCCCACCAACACCACAAUCAGAAGGUUUCAUUGGUAAUGAGGCAGACCCUAUCCCCGACUCGAACCUAGGCAGUAAGAUGUUGCAGAACAUGGGUUGGACACCAGGAUCAGGACUGGGAUCUGAUGGAGCUGGCAUCAAAACUCCAGUCAUGGCUUACCGACGCCCACGAAGGCAAGGACUUGGCUGUCGGACUGCUACAAAACCACCCGAUCAUACUUGACUACAUUUAUGACUUUUAAAGACUAGUGGAUCAAUCAAGUGCACUGUUGUACAUUGAGUUAUUCAUUAUUAAUUUGCAUUAGGGCAGUCUGACUUGCAACCCCAAAGAUAUCUUUAAAUAUGUUAUCAUAUAUAUUGUACAGUGUACAUGUAUUAUAAUGUAUAAUGUGCUACCAAAACAUUAACAUACACUGUGUUAUGUUAAUGUUUGUUUUAAGUCUUUUUAGGUCACCUGAGCUUUGCUCAAGUGACUUAUUCUAAUCGCUUUCCGUCUCGUCUUCUCGAGAACCAGUGCAUGGAUUUUUUUCAAACUUGGUCAGAAUCAUCCUUGGUAGAGAUGAGGCUACAAAAUUGUACAAUUGGGAUUCCUACCCAAACCCCUGGAGCCAGGGAGGGGCCGGAAAGGGAAAAUUAAUCAAUAUUUCAAAAAUCUUCUUCUCCAGUCUCAGAGGUACUACAGUCAUUUUCUCU